GCCUUGGUGGACCCGACUCAAAGAGCAGCCGUUGCAACGCACCGGCUUUUAGCGCUCCACGUUCGUGUCUUUUCCCGUUCGAGAGAGCAGCCUUACGGACAGUGAUCCCGUGCACUCUCGCGCGAUGGUGGCUACACCGCGCCGGGCCGCCGUGUCCGAGGGGCCGACCCUCCACAAGCAGAUCACGAUGAUGAGCCAGAGAGGUGGCUCGCAUCCAGCUCCUGUGCAGCAGCGAGGCAAGCUGGGAACGUACAAGGGCGUGCUGGUGCCAACCUGCGAGAAUAUGUGGGGCGUCAUCAUCUUUCUCCGCUUCUACAAGAUAGUGGGGUACAGCGGCCUCGGCUAUGCGCUGCUGAUCGCGUCCCUCUCGUUUAUGGUCGCCCUCCUCACGGCUCUAUCGCUGAGCGCCAUCGCCACGUGCGGCACGAGCCAGGGCCUCGCCGGAGUGUACCCAAUGCUCGCGCGAGCCCUCGGCAAGGAGAUGGCCACCGCGGUCGGCCUCGUCUACUUCUUGGGCAUCGUCUUUCUGGCGGUGCUCGAGGUGCUCGGCGCCUGCGAGGAGCUGGAGAUGGUGCAGCACUCGCUCUUCGAGUUCACGACGCACAUCAACGCGGUGCGGGCCUGGGCGUCCGCCUUCAUGCUCGCCCUCGCGCUGCUCGUCGCGGGCGGCAUCCGCCUCAUCUCGCAGCUCGGCCUCGUCUUCUUCGCCGUCGUCCUCCUCACCAUGCUCUCCUUCUACCUCUCCCUCUUCGGAGCCCCGAACCUCGAGCCGAUCGACGCGCCCGCCAACGCCACCGGACCCGCGCCCUCCGGCCUCUCCACCGCAAACCUGCGUGCCAACUGGGGCCCCUCCUUCGCCCCCGGGUACGAGUUCACCGACUGCCUCGCCAUCUUCUUCCCCUGCUUCACCGGCAUCCUCUCCGGCGCCAACCGCGCCUCCUCGCUACGCGACCCGGCCAGCGCCAUCCCGCGCGGCACCCUCGGCGCCAUCACCCUCUCCUUCUGCGUCUACGUCUCCUUCCUCAUCCUCUGGGCCGCCGUCGGAGAGCGCGAGUACCUCACGAUGGAGCACGGCCAGCUGGACGAGCUCAUCUACCCCUCCGUCAAGGCGGCGCAGAUCGGGAUUGUCCUCUCCUCGCUCGGACAGGCGCUGCAGUGCGUCGUCGUCGCGCCCCGCCUCCUCGCGUCCAUCGCCGCCGACGGCAUGCUCCGCCCGAUGCGCUCGCUCGCCCGCCUCACCGGCGGCGAGCCGAAGCUCGCCCUCGCCGCAACGUACCUGGUCGGCGCCAUGUGCGUGCUGAUCGGCUCGCUCAACGCCGUCGCGCCGCUGCUGUCGAUGUGCUUCCUCACCUGCUACUCCAUGAUGAACCUCAACUGCUGCCUGCUCGGCCUGCUCAAGGACCCGCACUGGCGGCCGCGCUUCCGCUACUUCCACUGGGCGGUCGGCCUGGUCGGCUUCGUCCUCUGCACCAGCAUCAUGUUCGUCAUCGACUGGAGGUACGCCCUCGGCGCCUGGCUGCUCACCCUCCUCGUCCUCGCGCUCGUCGUACGCACAAACGCGCAGACCGACUGGGGGUCGGCCCUCGUCGGCCUCCGCUUCCAGCUCGCGAUGCGCUCCCUCACCGGCAUCGACAUCAAGGCGCACCUCGGCGAGAACUGGCGGCCGCAGCUCCUCCUCCUGUACCAGCUGCGCGAGGAGGAGUCGCACGGCUCGCGGCGGGGCAGCAGCGCGGCGGCGGGCUGGGGCGAGGCCGAGCCGCCGGCCGAGCCGUCCUCCAGCUCGCUCGGCGACCUCGUGCGUGGCGACGUCGGCCACACGCACGAGCGAAUGUUCUCCGUCGCGGCGCAGCUGCGGCACGGGUCGGGGCUCGUCAUCGCCGCCGCCGUCGUGCCGGGCGCGUCCGCCGACUCUCUGCGCGCCGUGGCGCUCGCCGAGGCGGAGCGCGCGCGCAUGGACUCGCUGAUGGGCAGGAUGGGCGUGCGCGGCUUCUGCAAGACGAUCCUGGCGCGGACGCUCCUCGAGGGGAAGCUGGGCGCCAUCCAGUGGGCUGGCCUCGGCCCGCUCGUGCCAAACACGCUGCUGAUGGGCUGGCCGUGGUGGUGGCGGGACGAGCCCGAAAAGUACGUCCCGGAGCUGGUGUCGACCAUCAACGCGGCGACGAUCCACGAGAAGACGCUGCUGCUCUGCCACCGCCUCUCCUCCUUCCCCGGCCCCGACGAGGAGCUGUCGGGCUUCAUCGACGUGUGGUGGAUCAUCCGCGACGGAGGCCUCAUGCUGCUGAUGGCGCACCUGAUGCGCAAGCACCGCGUGUGGCGCGGCUGCGACCUGCGGCUGCACCUCGUCAUGGAGGCGGGCGUCGACCCGCGCGCCGUCCGCUCCAACCUGCACGAGCUGCUCCGCCGCAUCAACAUCGAGGCGAAGGUGGAGGAGGUGCUGCUCGUCGCGAGGGGGUCCAUCCUGCCGUACAUGCGCACCUCCGCCCAGCGCUCCUUCGAGGAGGAGAAGCGCGCCGCCGCCGAGCAGGCCAACCCGCACCUCCACUCGCGCGACGAGGAUGUGCGCCAGCUCUCCUCCGCCUCCCCCGCGCCCGACGCGCGGCUGGCGCCAGUCUCGAGGCGCUCCUCCACCGCCGGCCACUCCGCCGCCUCGCCCCACUCUGCCGCCUCGGCCAGCCUCGCCCCGCCCCACUCCGGCCGCCGCACCUCGAGCAGCCGCGCCGCAAGCCGCGCCCCGAGCCAGACCGCCAGCUGCGCCCCCAGCCAGACCGCCAGCUGCGUCGCCAGCCGCGCCACGACGCCGCCGCCUGUGGAGGCGCGUUCGUCGCCGCCGCCCUCGCCGCCCGCCGCCUGUGAGGCCGAGUCCUCUUCCGAGAACUCUUCCGAGGACGGCGAGGGGACGCCGCUCAGCGUGCUCGGCGGGCUGCGCCUCCCGCCCGACCGGCGCGGCGUCGAGCUGGAGGCCAUCUCCGUCCUCGCGCGGGCGCCAGCGGCUGUGAUGGUGGAGCCGGGGCCGGCAGAGCCGGGGCCGGCGGCGCAGAAGAGCUCCUGGUCGCUCGCGGCCAGCAGGCCCGCCCGGUGGAUCCGCGAGUCGCGCUCGCUGCCCUCGCUGCCGACCGCGGCGGCGCCGCCGCCGCCGGUCGACUCGCCGAAGCGGCGCCUCGCCGACUUCGCCGCGCGGCACGGCCUGGGCGACGAGGCAGUCGCGGAGCUGGCGGACCUCUUCUCCUCCUCGCAGCACGGGCGCACCGACAGCUCCGUCGCCUACGACUGGGACGAGAUCCACGCCCUCAUCGUCGAGCGGUCCGUCGGCUCGUCGCUCGUGAUACUCAACCUGCCGGACGCGCCAGACAACCUCGCGCCAGACCGCUCGGGCGGGUUCGGCUUCUCGCCCCCCGGCUCGCCGCUCAGGCGCUCGCCCGGCAGGCCCGCCGACGUGUCUCCUCCCCCCGGCGCUGACGCCAGCGGCGGCCUCUGGUCGGUCGCGGAGCAGCCGGGGGAGAAGGGGGAGCGCCAGCGCCUGGCCGCGCACAUCGAGUACGUCGAGUACAUUGAGGGCCUCGCGCAGAACUUGCCCCGCGUGCUGUUUGUGCACGGCGCCGGACGCGAGGUGAUCAGAUUCGCCGAGUGAGCCUUCGCGCCGACCGAGAGCGACACACCUCGCCUUCCUCUCAGACUGUCCUCGGGCUCUCUCCUCUGUCUAGUGGCGUGCAACGACGGGAGGAUAGUCUCUAUGAAUCCUCUUCCUCGGCGCACAGGCCUCCAUCGCCGCAGAGUCAUGCGAUCAUGUAAUUUCGUAAGUGGUUCAGUCUCACGUCUGCAUCAGUCUCUUGUGCAUCACUCAUCUGUCAUCACUGUCUCUUGAGGCUUGUUUCCGGGACCCAUAGUCUGAGGGUAUCCUAAAAGUUCGGCCGAUUUGGGUC